AGGAGCAGAGAGAAAAUGAUUGUUUUCUUUUGGCUCUCCAAUCUGGAGAAGGAGCAGAGGGUGCAGCAUCACGAGAAGGAGGUUUCCAGGAGCCGGAUUCCCCGCUUGAUUCUGCGGCCCCAUCUGCCUCAGCAGCAGCAGCAGAGCAAGGUUUCCCCAGCCUCUGAGUCUCCCUUUUCGGAGGAGGAAAGCCGAGAGUUCAACCCCAGCAGCUCUGGGCGCUCAGCGAGGACAGUCAGCAGUAACAGCUUCUGCUCAGAUGACACAGGAUGUCCCAGCAGUCAAUCGGUAUCCCCAGUGAAGACUCCCUCGGACACAGGGCACAGUCCUAUUGGCUUUUGCCCUGGGAGCGAUGAAGACUUCACUAGGAAGAAAUGCAGGAUUGGAGCGGUUGCUGAGGGAAGUGUCCAGUCAGCUCGGUAUAAAAAGGAGCCAAAGGGAGGUGUCAUAAAGCCAGGCAGCGAAGCAGAUUUUAGCUCCUCCAGCAGCACAGGUAGCAUGUCGGCUCCUGAGGUCCACAUGUCCACUGCAGGGAACAAGCGCACCUCGUUCUCACGCAACCGAGGUCCCCAUGGUCGGAGCAAUGGAGCAUCAUCCCACAAGGCUGGCAGCAGCCCACCGUCCCCAAGGGAAAAGGACCUUGUGUCUAUUCUGUGCAGGAACCCACUGAGUCCCAGUAACAUCCACCCCAGCUACGCCCCUUCUUCGCCAAGUAGCAGCAACUCCGGUUCCUACAAAGGAAGUGACUGUAGUCCAGUCAUGAGGAGGUCUGGAAGGUAUAUGUCUUGUGGAGAAAAUCACGGUGUCAAACCCCCAAAUCCGGAGCAGUAUUUGACUCCUCUGCAGCAGAAGGAGGUCACAGUGAGGCACCUGAGGACCAAGCUGAAGGAGUCUGAGCGCCGACUUCAUGAGAGGGAAUCUGAAAUCGUGGAGCUCAAGUCUCAGCUGACUCGGAUGAGGGAGGACUGGAUUGAAGAAGAGUGCCACAGAGUGGAGGCACAGCUGGCACUCAAGGAGGCCAGGAAGGAGAUCAAACAGCUCAAACAGGUCAUUGAGACCAUGAGGAACAGCUUGGCUGAUAAAGACAAAGGCAUUCAGAAGUACUUUGUGGACAUAAACAUCCAAAACAAGAAGCUGGAGUCUCUGCUCCAAAGCAUAGAGAUGGCACACAACAGUGCCCUGAGAGAUGAACUGUGUCUAGACUUCUCUUACGAUUCCCCAGAGAAAAGCUUACCUCUGAGCAGCACGUUUAGCAAGAUGGCAGAUGGGUUAUCCCUGGAAGAACAGGUGACAGAGGAAGGUGCUGACAGUGAGCUUCUCUUGGGAGACAGCAUGGCCGAGGGCACAGAUAUGUUAGACGAGAUGGUGACGGCCACCACUACCGAAUCCGGUGACCUGGAGUUUGUUCAUUCGACCCCAGGGCCACAAGUCCUUGAGGCUCUCCCCUUGGCGAGCCAGGAAGAGCGCAGUGUGGUGGUGGAGCAGGCCGUGCAGACCGACGUGGUGCAGUUCAGCCCGGCCAUCUCCGAGCUCAUUCAGAGCGUGCUAAAGCUUCAGGACUCCUAUCCCACCAGAUCAGCUUCCCCAGAUGAAUCUGGAGCUGACUCAAUGGGCAGCUUCCCAGAAUCCAUCUCUGCCUUAAUGGUUGAUUUAACUCCAGCAAGUCCCAACUCAGCCAUCCUUCUGUCUCCUGUGGAGAUCCCAUUUUGCAAGGCAGCUACAGAAGCCGGUACAAAUCGCCUCAUGAGAGAGCUCGAUUUCGCAGCCUAUACAGAAGAAAGGUUGGACAGCAUCCUCUCGCUGUCUCAGGGAGGUGCUGUGAGGCAGUAUUGGAGCAGCAGUUUCUUGGUGGAUCUCCUGGCUGUGGCUGCCCCUGUGGUACCCACAGUUCUGUGGGCAUUCAGUACUCAGAGAGGGGGUACAGAUCCUGUCUAUAACAUCGGAGCCUUGCUCCGGGGCUGCUGUGUGGUGGCUCUCCACUCACUGCGCCGCACAGCCUUCCACAUCAACACUUAAUUAGUUAUUACUGUUGCCAAUGUGUCUGUCCGUGUGGUGGUGGUAUGCCAGGUAGAGCAGCAGCAGGUGGGUCCGUGAAGUCUGUAAUCUGUCGUUUCGCUCCUCGCUGUUUGAUUUGCACUAUAGUCAGUUGAAGCCUGUUCGGGGUUUAAAAACCAGAGGUUAUCUUCCAAGGCAUGGAAACCUGGUUCUGGUAAAUGUCCCACCAGCGUGGUAUAGGAAGCAUGCUUACACCCUUGCCGUGUCGUCUGAGGUGCCCGUUCUUACGCCGCUUGCACUUUCCAAGGCUGCCUCUCCAAGGCUGCCAUGUUCUCUCCUUGCUUUGCUUUGUGCCGUCUCCAAAUGUGUGACUGUUCCAGCAUUCCAAUGGUCUUGUGCAUAGCAGGGGUCUGUGACCAAAAAUCAAAGUGUGUUUGUGUGACUGGUUCAAAGAACACUUGAAUAGCUAGCUCUCUACCAUCUUUAUUGGGGUUGAUUUUUUUUUUUUUAAAGACUAAAUGUAGCUCCAAAGUCUUAAAAGGCUCGUUUGCUCUUAAAACUGUCAGUUGAUGGAAUUCUGUAAAUUUACCAUGUAACAAUGUACUAACUUAUUUUUCGCUUGUUAUAUAUAUAGUGUUUUAUUGGAAAUUGUUUGUACCCACACAGUUCGGCAUGAAAAUAAAAAUUAGUGUUUCCAUUUAAA